AUGGAGACACCAGAAUGCCUCUUCGAGAGAAGUAGCCGGCGUAAUGCCGAAGGGGUGAAGGCCACUGCACGGUAUCAUUCUCAGAGACGUCCCUCGAACCGUGACGAGUUUGAUGGACCCCAUCAGCUACUGAAGCCGCCCUCCCUGCGCGUCAUUGAGGAGCAGGCCAGAGAGCUUCCUCGUCUUCCUACUAAUCUUGAUGUCUCAGAGCAGGAUCGCAUCUUAAACGCAGUUAAUGACCGCUUGUCCCAGUGUGCAUUUGACUUUGUUGCCAAGUACCAGUUCCCCAUCCCCUUGGAAGCGGACAAAAGAGAGGUGAGAAUUCCCUCGGACCGCGAAUGGACCGAGUGGGUAUAUCUCCUGAAAAGGCUGGCCACCAAGCGCCGCAUACCUGCCCGGGUUCUUUACAAUGGCCAAAUUAAACAACUAGUGACAGUAUUGGAAAAUUCCUUGGAAAUGAGACAUGCUGCCAAACAUCAGUCCAGACCCAUCAAAGAUGAUCGCAAUGUGCUCCAGCUCAUCUCGGCCGGCACUCAGGUUGCCAAGAUGCUUAAAGAUGCCAGUGCCAUGGAAUAUCUGGACAAACUUUAUGUUGAUACCGAGAAACGCAUCCAUGAGCGGCGCAGCCGGCGCAUGAAAUUCGCCAGUCCUUGA